AUGUGUGUAGGUCCUGGAUGCUCUUCUGUGGCAUACGGUGCAUCUGAAGAAAUUGGGCCAUUCAGGAUUAGCAAAACCUCGUCUCGUUUGUACAUGAACAAGUUUUCUUGGAACAAAUUAGCGAAUUUGCUAUUUUUGGAAACUCCGGCUGGGGUCGGUUUUUCUUACAGCAACAGGUCCUCCGACCUCUUGAACACCGGAGAUAUUCGGACCGCCAAGGACUCGCUACAAUUUCUCGUCCGGUGGUUGGAUCGUUUUCCACGCUACAAAAACCGCGAAAUUUAUCUAACCGGCGAGAGUUAUGCUGGACAUUAUGUCCCCCAACUCGCUAGAGAAAUAGUCAAUUACAACACGAACUCCGAGCACAAAAUCAACCUCAAGGGCUUUAUGGUUGGGAAUGCGGUGACCGACAACCACUAUGACAACCUAGGCACGGUCGACUUCUGGUGGAGCCACGCCAUGAUUUCCGACAAGACGCAUAAGCAACUGAUGAGCACGUGUGAAUUUCAGAGUCAGAAAGAGUCGAACGAGUGCGAAACCAUCUACUACUAUGCCAUGGAUCAAGAAUUCGGGAAUAUCGACCAGUACAACAUCUAUGCACCAAAGUGCAACAACUCGGACGGUAGUGCCACCCGUCACCACCACAUGCGCUUGCCCCAUCGACCAAGUCCGAUUUUUAGGAAGCUAUCGGGCUACGAUCCGUGCACGGAGAAGUAUGCGGAAAUUUACUAUAAUAGGCUUGAUGUGCAGAAAGCUCUCCAUGCUAACACAAGUGGCCGGAUACCAUACAAAUGGACUGCUUGCAGUGAAACUUUGAACAGGAAUUGGAAUGACACUGAAAGCUCAAUCCUUCCAAUCUAUAGAGAAUUGAUUGCAGCUGGAUUGAGAAUUUGGGUGUUUAGUGGAGAUGUUGAUGCUGUUGUGCCAGUCACAGCAACUAGAUAUUCACUAGCACAACUUAAGCUACAGACCACAAUUCCUUGGUACCCUUGGUAUGUCAACAAACAGGUAGGAGGAUGGACUGAAGUUUAUAAAGGGCUUACAUUUGCUACAGUGAGAGGGGCUGGUCACGAAGUGCCUAUGUUCAAACCAAGAGCUGCAUUUCAGUUGUUCAAUUCGUUUUUGCAGGGGAAGCCCCUCCCAAAAUCAUGAAUUUGCAAUUCGGUCCCCACAUAUGUUGUAAAACAUUUCACACAUGAUCCAGUUGGAGCCUGAAAUUGUACCGUUGGGUUUGAUUUUGGAAAAUGGCAAUUUUCAUUUUUCAAUCUGUUUGCUUACUGAGAAUGCAUUACAGUAUGAUAUGGAUUUAACAAGAAAUGAAAGUUGUCUAUAAACAGUUUGGUAAUCAAGAUGCUCUAACCGAUUAAAAUUU